AUGGCCGUUGCUAUGGCUGCGUUCCUGACUGGAUCCGUCAUCGUCAUGUCGUCUUUUGCGGGGCGCGAUUUGCAUAUGACGAAUGCUGAAAUUACGUGGAUGAAUGCUGCGACUUCACUGUCUUCAGGGUCCCUGCUGCUCUUCUUUGGAAGUAUAGCAGAUCUGUUUGGGCGCAAGUCCAUGUUCAUAGGCUCCAUGUUCCUCUUCGCCGUCUUUUGUCUCGGCGCCGGCUUUUCUAAGAACGGUCUCACUAUCGAUGUCAUGAACGGCGUCCUGGGUAUCUUCAGCGCAUCUGCCGUACCUCCCGCCCAAGGCAUGCUCGGUGCAAUCUACGCCAAACCAUCCAAGCGCAAGAACAAAGUUUUCGGGUGCUUCAGCGCUGGCAACCCGCUAGGCUUUGUCUUCGGCAGCAUCUUUUCCGGUCUAGCGACGCAGAUCUUUAACUGGAGGGCGUCAUUCUGGCUGCUGGCCAUCGUCUACUUGGUGGUGAGCGUUGUGGCAGCGUUCACGGUGCCGAACGACAUGACGCAGAAAGAGAAAUUCAAUGAGGAGACGUUCAAGAGAUUAGAUUUGCCGGGUACGGGGAUGACGAUCCUGGGGAUUGGCAUGUUUUGCGCUGCGCUGAGUCUUGGGAGCGAUGCAACCGAUGGCUGGAAAACGCCCUACGUACUCGUCCUGUUGAUCCUCGGUGUUCUCUUAAUGGCGGCGUUUGUGGUGUGGGAGAUGAGGUACCCGUAUGCGAUGAUUGAUAUGAAGAUCUGGAACGACAGAGACUUCUCGCUGCUGCUCACUAUCAUGGUCUGCGGCUUCAUUGGCUUCCCCGUCCUCUCCUUCUGGCUCGCCCUUUACUUCCAGAGAGUCCUCGGCUUUUCCGCGCUUAUGACGGGCGUGCACAUGCUGCCCAUGGUCGUCUGCGGGCUACUCGCGAAUCUUGUGGCAGCGCUCAUUCAGCACAAGGUGUCUAAUAAGCUCAUCAUGGGCCUUGGCGCAAUAGCAUAUGUCGUCUCCUUCGUUCUUGCGGCAGUGCAAAGACAUGGAGACUCCUACUGGGCGUUUUCCUUCCCUGCGCUGUGCUUGUGUGUUGUGGGAGCGGACUUCCAGUUCAUCAUCGCAAACAUGUACGUCCUCUCCUCCAUGCCACCGAAUCGGCAAUCCAUCGCAGGCUCCCUCUUCCAGACGCUCACCCGUCUAUGCACGGCCGUCGGCUACGGAAUUGCGACUGCCAUCUUCGACUCUGUACAGAGCAGUCCUGCAUCCUCUGGCUAUUAUGCGCACAAUGCGGUCGAGCCGUAUGCGGCGACGUUCUGGUUCUCGGCUGCAUUUGCGGCCGUUGGUGUGCUCUUCGUGCCGUGGUUGAGGAUUGGCACACAAGGGCAUACGGGCGAUGAAGGACGGUUGGUUGACCAAAGGGGUAGCGGAGAAGAGCAAAUGCAGGGAGGAGGUGCAGAGAAGGGUGGAAACUCGGUGGGCGGUGCGGGGGAGCAAGUACGACCAAGGGACAUGGACAAGGGAGUGUGA